UCCGAUUUCAUGUUUGGCCCAAUAUCGAACAGAGAUCCGAAGAUCGCUAUGAAAUCUCUGCUCCACAACACAAUCCCCUCGAUCAACAAUCCGUCUCGAAUCAAAACCUCAUCGAUUGAAUCACACAAUCGAUCGUAUCUUCAAUUUCCACCAACAAUUGAUCCAAAAUGCCUCUUAUAUCGACAACGAAGACGCCAAUUAACCAUCAAGGCUGUGUUGAAUUCAGCUUCAAUUGAUCAAUAUUUUGGACUUACUGAAUCAGAUGCACGCAAUCCUACUUUGUCAACUACGUUUCGGAGACCAAGGCAUCGGGAACCUAACAAGACGGUGUUAGAAGCUCAGACUAGGGUUUGUACAGGGCCAACGCAGACCAAGCCACUUACAGAAGAACAAGCUUUUAAGGUUUUGGAUACCAUGCUAAGAUCUGCCAAGGGAGAACUGAAAGAUGAAGAACAGGUAUCAAAGGCACAACUGGGAGCAUUCUUUGCAGCUAUGACGAUUCGUGCCAAUGCAUUUCCAGAACCAACUCAAUGGAGUGAAGGGGAAAGGCGUGCAAUGGAUGCAUAUUGGCCACAUUUGGUUCGAACGCUACCUUCGGAUAUAAUAUUUCUAGCUGAUCCAGAAGGUUCUAUAAUGAGACUUGGGAGUUCAAUUGGGCCACAAUAUGUUGGCAAUGGAAGUUAUGAAAUGAGACUCGUAGGUGCCCUGAGGGAAAUCUUAGCCGGUGGUCAUCUUGGGUAUGAAGAAGUUCAAGGUGUUCUAAAAGAAGUUCUUCCACUGAAGUUGGAACACGGUACACCAGACGUUGUAAGUGAGUCACUAUUAUCAGCGUUCUUGAUAGGUCAACGAAUGAACAGGGAGACAGACCGCGAGCUAAAAGCAUACUGCCUUGCAUUUGACGAUGAGCUUGGUCCUGUGCCGGUAGCUGAUGUUAGCUCAUUGACUCAUUAUGGUGAACCUUACGAUGGAAACACACGUUUCUUCAGGAGCACACUCUUUGUUGCUGCUGUUAGAUCCUGUUACAAUGAAGCAUCCCUUCUGCAUGGUGUUGACUGGAUGCCACCAAAGGGUGGCAUAACUGAGGAACAAAUGCUUAAAUUCAUGGGAGCAAAUACUAAUAUAACACCAUUGCAGGCUAAAAAGCUUCUUGAGGAUGAAGCAGUUGGUUUUGCUUAUGUGAGUCAACGGGAUGCUCGCCCCUCCUUAUAUUCAUUAAUUGAGAUGAGGGAACAUAUAAAGAAACGCCCAUCAUUGGCAACAACUGAAAAGGUUCAGCAAUUUGUGAGGGCUACAGGUAAAGAAGCAAUCGUUGCAGGAUUCUACCAUGAAGGUUAUGAAGAACCGCUUCUAAUGCUCAUGAGACGAAGAGGUGUUCAAGCUGGUUUGGUGGUGAAGGGGGAAGAAGGGGCGCUUUCAAUGACAACGAGAUUGCGAUCAGUAAAUGCGUCAAAAGGACUUCCUGUUAACUACUGCUCUGGUUUCCGUUCACUCAACACCCCAUCAGCAUAUGACGUGGACGGAGUGUCUCGUGAAAAUUUUUCCUUAAUAGUGGACGCAAAGGAGUAUGGUUUUGAACCCUUGGAGACUCCAAGAACUGAUAGAUCGGUUUCAAAGAACAUAGAACUGGGAUUAGCAGCUUUACAUGGAGAAAAAGGACCUGCGUAUGACCGGAUCGUAUUAAACGCCGGGAUGGCUGAUCACUUGCUUGGAUGCAAGGGUGCGCAAGACGUAUCAACCGCCCUCGAUAGAGCCAGGGAUGCAAUCGACAGUGGCAAUGCUUUGAAUCGACUCAUGAAUUACAUAAAGAUUUCUCAAAAAGUCAAAUAAUUUGCUGGUGUGAUACUCUCUUUUGAUCUCCAACACACAUUUAUAUUUGUCCCCAAAAGGUUUUGUUUAUGUACCAAAUGUUAAAAAAGUUGGAUACUAUGAGACAUUAAAUACGAGCUGAGAUGAAUUCUUGAGGUUUUUGAUUACUAUCAGUAAGGGUGUGUUUGGUAUCCAGGUAGGACAUGACAGAACACGUAUUGUAUUCGUGCCGGUGUGAUAUUUUUCUUUUGAUCUCCAACACAUAGAACACAUUAUAUUUGUGCCU